CGUGACUUAUUUUCCUCUGAAGCUCUGUCACCCCCUAAGAAGGGAAAACGAAACAUAUUUUGCUCAGCUAUCUGGCUGUAAUAUGUUGUAAAAUGGACCAAAUAGAAAGCUCAAAUUUCUCUACAGCCGAGGAAGAUGAAUCUGCGAAGAAAUUAGUAUGGUGUUUGACACGAGUCGGGAAAGAUUUGGACUGGCUCCGCUUGUUCGAGAAUACAGAGGUCACAAUUGGACGUGGCUUAAAUGUCACUCACCAGCUUGUGUCCCCAAGCUGCCCCCUAAUGAUAUCCAGAAUGCACUGUAUGUUCAAGCAACGAGACGGCGGCCAAUGGACAGUGACCGAUAAGAAGAGCCUUAAUGGUGUGUGGGUGAACGGAGAACGAAUUCCUGUGGACAUAGCUCACCUCCUGAGGCUUGGGGACACGAUAAAGUUGGGGGUGCCCAUCGUCGGCACCAAAGUGGAGUAUGAGUACAUACUGGUUCGGCAGCGCCUCGAGGACAUCAAACCCUACCUAAUGACGGGACCAAGUGAAGGGGCCUGCGCCACAUCCAGAAUCAAGAAGACGAAGAGGAAAUUUAACUCUGAACUGGAGCCUUCAACCUCCUCUAAAUCCAAGCUCUACCGCCACUCUGCCACAGACAAGUCCCAGGGCCAGCCUUACCCCACAGACGAGCCCCGGGACAGGCCAGGGACCAGGGUACGGGAGGAGGCCGGGCCCAGCAUGCGGCAGCAUCGGCGGCUGGACUCGCCUCUAGAGAGACCCAGCAGUCCUAGCAGGAGUCUGUCCAGUCUGCAAAUGUACAGUCAGAACAUGCUGGUGCUGCGGGAGCGGAUGAACUUCACCCAGCGGCAGGUGGCGGCCCUGGAGGCUGAGGGGGGGAGACAGCGGGAUGACCCCCACCGGGAGGAGCAGGUGAGGGAGCUGCAGAGCCAGCUGGAGAUGCUGAGGGGCCAGCUGCACAGGAUGGAGAUGUUGGAGAGGUCCAUCAGCGAGACAGAGAACCGCCUGGAGGUGCAAAAAACACAGCAUGAAGAGGAGGGUUUAAAAAAACAGUUGGAGGAGAAGGGUUUGAAAAAGCAGCUGGAGGAGGCAUUGCAAGAGCAAAGAAAAGUCAUAGAGGAACUUGCACUCUCUCGACAAGGCUUCGAGGAUGUCCUCAAGGCCAAAGACAAAGAGCUGGAGGUGACAAAGGAAGAGAAGGAGAGGGCGAGAACUCAAAAGGAGGAGGUGGUAACACAAAUGACGGAGGUGCUGGAGAACGAACUUCAAUGCAUCAUUUGUUCUGAGCUCUUCAUUAGGGCGGUGACCCUUAACUGCGCCCACAGCUUCUGCCUGCACUGCAUCAGUGAGUGGCGCAAGCGGAAGGACGAGUGCCCCAUCUGCCGGCAGGCCAUCCUCUCUCAGACCCGCUCGCUGGUGCUGGACAACUGCAUUGAUCGCAUGGUGGAACAGCUCAGCCCAGACAUGAAGCAGAGACGCCUGGUGCUCAUCACUGAGAGGAAAGGUGAGAGAUCUUUUUGGGUUCUUCAGACACAAAGCAAUGGGGACAAGCGGUUGCACUAAAAGAGCAAAGCCUAACUAACAACAUCACUAAGCCAUGCAAGACUCAUAGAUGACACUGGAUUUCCCCACACAUUUUUCUUCAGUUCCAGGCUAGAGCAGAUGCAGCCUGGGAUCGCCAACACUGAUUCAUUCACCCCCACUAGGUUGAUAUCCCGGGCGCGUUUCAGUGCCUGCUUCUGGAGACCCUUUCCUCCACUGCUCUGUGGAGAAGGCCCAUGUCAUGCCAGUUCAUUAGAAGCCAAGAGCAAGGAAAGCGUGUGUCUGUCAGACUGCGUUACACCAGGGCGACAGUGACGGUCAGCCCCGGGGCCCUAGUCAGAGUCGUCGCUCCCCUCACUCCGUCCCUCCAUCUCCUCCAGGAGCCUCUACCAUGAUGUGUCAUGAAAAGAACAGUUACCCUCUCUCUCUUGCUCCCCCCCUCAUCAUGCUGAAGCGUUUGGGUCGCACCAUGUGACCGGUCAUGUCCCAUUAAGUUACUAAGUAGGAUUACCCAUCUUAUUACAUAAUUAAGCGAAUAUCCUCCUAAUACACCAUAUUAUGUCAUUAGGCCUUCAGUGUCAUGAUAAAGUAAAGCAUUUGCCCCUGCCUAACCCCCUUCCCCCACUCCAUAUAAUUUAGCCCUAUAUUUUAGAACCUAAAUACUAAUAGGAAUGUGUAUAUGACGUGUCAUUGAUGCAUACUGUCAAAUCGUGAGCUUUAAGUUAAGUAAACAUCCUAUUCCUACUUUUCUAUAUUAGCUUGGGGCUGUUAGGAGAAUCAGCAUAGUGCUACUGUGCCAAACUGACAUGCCUCUGAACUCACUGCAAACCCUUUGAAGAAACAAGCUCCACUCAAUGAACCGUGGCUGCAGUAGAACAGAGUGCAGGGAGAAUCAGGGAGAGGUAGCUACAGACUCCAGAUGAGGGUUACAGACAGAACAUUAGGACCUAUCGGCUUUUGUUGUCCCAGACCCACCUCUCCGGAGCCUCCCUAGUUCUGCAACUGAUAAGACCUACCAGCACUGGUUCCUGUCAUAGACGGUCAACUCCAGGCCUUGGUGACCAUUGUUAUAGGCUGAGGAUGGCAUAAUUGGGGGAUUUUGUAAGGCUAAGGCUGAUCUAGCUGGUUUUUGUUUUGUGUCUAGACUGCAAUUCAUUAUUUAUUCUGCGGUGUCUGGGAGAAUGUAUAGUAUGUAAUGUGUAACCUGAAAGUGAUGUUUAUGUUUUAUUGUCCAACUCUUCAGAUAGGCUUCAUGGCUCUAAAUCGAUCAUCAUUAUUGGGUUGUGUGUUUUUGUGUGUUUCUUGUCUGUUAACGUUUUUGUACUAACGUGUAAUACUUUGCUCUUUAUUUUACUCUUAUUAUAUUUAUUUAUAUAUAUAUAUAUAUACAGUGCCUUGCGAAAGUAUUCAGCCCCCUUGUUUCAAGCUUGGGAAAUGUUUCAAGCUUGGGAAAUCGUUUUGUAUCCAAAUCCGGCUUUAAACUUCUUCACAACAGUAUCUCGGACCUGCCUGGUGUGUUCCUUGUUCUUCAUGAUGCUCUCUGCGC